AUGCGGGCCAGAGACACACACACUGUGGCCUCCACAGACACACACACUGUGGCCUCCACAGACACACACAGGCUCAUUGAUGGCUCUUCGCUUCUGUGUCCAACUGGUCCAAUGCCCCAGUUUCUUCUGAGGGACCAAAUCUUCUCACACAUUGAAGGUGUGACAGAGGAUGGGGGACUGGAACUUACUCGGGAGCAUCCUUGA